AUGGACAGACCUCCUCAAGUUUUGGACCAUUACAUCGGUGUCGAUGUCGGUACAGGCUCUGCUCGUGCCUGUAUUAUUGACGACACUGGCGACAUCAAGGCUCUGGCCUCCGAGAACAUCAAGUUGUGGCAGCCCGAGACUGGCUACUACGAGCAAUCCACCACAGAUAUCUGGCAAUGCAUCUGCGAAUGUGUCCGGCGUGUCGUUAGCGAGUCUACUGUUAAUCCUUCCAGCAUUAAGGGCAUUGGCUUCGAUGCCACCUGCUCUCUGGCCGUAUUCACUCACGACACUGACGAGCCUCUCCCCGUUACCGGACCUGACUUCACAAACGAUGGUAACGACCGCAACGUCAUUUUGUGGCUCGACCACCGGCCCGUUGAAGAGACCGAGAAGAUCAACAACACCAAGCACAAGCUCCUCAAGUACGUCGGCGGAAAGAUGAGCAUCGAGAUGGAGAUGCCCAAGGUCCUCUGGCUCAAGAACCACAUGCCGCCCGAGUUGUUCGAGCGUGCCAAGUUCUACGAUCUUGCAGAUGCUCUCACACACUUGGCCACUGGCAAUGAAACUCGUAGCUACUGCAGUGUUGUUUGCAAGCAGGGCUUUGUCCCUGUAGGCGUUGAUGGCAGUGUCAAGGGCUGGCAAGAAGAUUUCUACCAUGAUAUUGGCCUCGGCGAACUUACCAAGGACGAUUUCAAGCAGAUGGGUGGUGUCAAUGGGGUGAACGGGACCUAUGUCAGCGCUGGUGAGCCAGUAGGCACUCUGAGCCGAUUGGCCGCCAACCAACUUGGCCUCCCUAUGGGCACCCCCGUAGGAAGCGGCGUCAUCGAUGCAUACGCAGGCUGGAUCGGAACCGUAGGCGCUAAGGUCGAUCUUGGUAGCGACGAGCUGAACGAUGCUGUACCCCAUAAUGAUCUCGCCCAGGCCUUCACUCGUCUGGCUGCCGUCGCCGGAACUUCCACAUGCCACUUGGCUCUGUCCAAAGAACCUGUUUUUGUACCUGGUGUUUGGGGCCCUUACCGCGAUGUUCUUCUCCCUGAGUUUUGGAUGGCCGAAGGAGGCCAGUCCGCGACCGGAGAGCUUCUUCGACACAUGCUCGAUAUCCAUCCUGCUUACAAUGAGACAUGCGCCCUUGCCAAGGCUGAGGACAAGCACAUCUACGAUUUCCUCAACACUCACCUUGAGCUGAUGGCUGAGAAGCACAGUGCUCCCUCAAUCUCGUACUUGGGACGUCACCAUUUCUUCUAUGGUGACUUAUGGGGUAACCGCUCACCCAUCGCCGACCCCAACAUGAAGGGCAGCAUGAUCGGAUUGGAUAGCGACAAGAGCACUGACAAUAUGGCUUUGUGGUACUAUGCCACAAUGGAAUUCAUCGCUAUGCAGACUCGCCAGAUCGUCGAGCAGAUGAACAAUGCCGGCCACGAGAUUUCUUCCAUCUUCAUGUCUGGAUCUCAGUGCCAGAACCCUAUUCUCAUGAACCUUCUGGCAACCGCCUGCGGCAUGCCUGUCCUGAUUCCACGAUACGUCAAUGCUGCUGUCGUUCACGGUGCUGCAAUGCUUGGCGCAAAGGCGGCAAGCCACACUAAAGAGGACGGCAGUGAGCCUGAGUCUCUCUGGAGCAUCAUGGACCGCAUGAGUAAGCGAGGUCGCCUGGUCGAUCCCAGCACCAACGAGGACGAAAAGGCACUUCUUGAUGCUAAGUACGAGAUCUUCUUGGACAUGUGCAAGACGCAGCAAGAUUACAGGAGCAAGAUUGAUAAGGUUGUUUCCAAGAAGGCUCGUUUGAAUGGCGUUCCCAAUGGCGCUUAG